AUGAAGUCCUUAUAUGGUCUUAAACAAGCCAGCCGUCAGUGGAAUGCCAAACUCACUUCUUUUUUGCUGAAUCUCAAUUUUAUUCAAGCUUCCUCUGAUCAAUCUCUGUUUACACGCAAAACAUCAUCCUCAUUUCUCGUGUUACUAGUUUAUGUUGAUGAUGUGAUUAUUGCUGGAACUUCACUUACUGAGAUUCAAUCCAUUAAGUCAGCUCUUCACCAAAGCUUUCGCAUUAAGGAUCUAGGACGCCUCAAGUACUUUCUUUGCCUUGAAGUGGCACAUUCCACAUCUGGUAUUUCUCUUUUUCAACGAAAAUGUUGUCUUGAUCUCAUUACUGACUCAGGCAUGCUUGCAUCCAAACCCGUUUCUACUCCUUCAGAUCCUUCAGUGAAGAUACACNAAGAUACUAGUCCUCCUUAUUCUGACAUAUCUGCCUAUAGGAGGUUAGUUGGUAGAUUGUUCUAUCUGAAUGCCACACGCCCUGAUAUCACCUUCAUUACUCAACAACUUAGUCAAUUCUUAUAA